UUUUUUUUUUCUUCUUUUUUUUUUUCUUUUUUUUUCCUUAUAACGGCACGUCACCUUCUUCAACGUCCAUCUUCACAGCAGCACUCUGGUGGUUACCUUCGUUUCAUCAUCAACUUGUUCAACAAGAGUUGGCCGGAUCGGAUCGGCGCUCUCUGAACAUACCUGAAAGUAGAAGAGACGAAAGACCUCUGCCAUUCAACCGCCAAUCCGAAGCACUGAUACAUAUUCCGCCACCCCCCAUCUCCAACCAGCAAAAAUGUCCGAAUCUGAACUUGCAAGCUGGUACAGCUGGAUCACCGGAGCGAGUCUGCUCCCCGCAGAGUGGAGCUACGGCUUGGAGGUAUUGACUGGAAUUUUUAAAACGCUGGCUCUGGUACCCAUGCUCCCUAUCAUCGCAUUGGUCGUGUACGACUUCACCCUUUGGAUGUGGAGGCUUCUCAUCAUCGGCAGGAACCCGCAACGAGAAGCCAUCGAGUAUAUGACGGGAGGCAGCGUCGCAGCUAGCCCGAGUGGCAGCUUACCUACAACGCCUUUGCGCAUCGGUUCGCCGACCAAAGGAUCGCUAUCGCCGACAGGAGGCAAUUCGGCCCACAAGGACGUGGCGACAAAGGGCACAACGACAGGCUUGGCGAUGAAUGAUUCAACGCCGAUUGUUCUGAGGAAAGGAGGGGAUGGUGGAGAUGUCAAGGUCACACAGGAAGGAGCGAGAUCGCGACCAUGAUGGAUGAAACAUCGGCGCAGGCAUGGAAAGAGUAACAACAAGCGGUGCUAUCAAACGAAAUGGUUUACAGAACAGCGCAACAAGAGCCGAGAAA